AUGGCAGAGAAAGGGAAGCGUUGUUCAGAAGUUUACAACAUUGCCCACAAACUCGAGAGUCGUGAGAUUGGUAAGAGGGUGGGCAUAAGAAAUGCUCAUUCCGGGAUCAAGUUCCGCAAUUUUCAGUUGCAGAAAAAGUUUGAUACAGAUCAACCAUCGGAGAUUAUACAAAUAGUUUCAGCUCGCAGCAUCAUAUUUGCUUUGGCAGAAUCAGGUCUUUGUGCUGCAUUUGAUAGACACACAAAUAAAAAGCUUUGCUACUUGAAUUUAAUAAAUCCACCGGAACAAAUUCUAAGGCUGUACCAUAACAACGAAAACAAUUCUUUCAUCACAAUUUCAGCUCAUUCUUCCCGUAAAUUUCCAAUUAUCAAGUGCAGAACAAUCCCACUUGAGUGCAUUCGAAGAGCUCAGCCAGAUUCUGGCUUUGCUUUGUUCGAGGGUGAAAAACUGAUUUGCCCUGAUUCCGUAAGGUUUGAUAAAAUCAAUGGGAAAGUUCUUACGUUUUCAGCUAAACAUCAUAUUUACAAGGUGUUUGAUUUGAAAAACUACGAACUCUUGUACUCCAUAUCUGACAAAGAAAUUGUAGAUAUAAUCAUCAGUUCUGGUCUAAUGCUCUUAGCAUUUAAAAAAACUGCUUGUGGAAGCAGUCUUCCUGUGAAGAUCUUAUCUAUAGAGGAUGGCAAAGUUUUGAAAUCUUUUCAUCAUGCAUUAGUACCCAAUAAGACGGUACAUUUUGUUGGACUGUUUCAUGACAAGAUAUUCGUAAAACAAGAGAAGGAAUGCCUGCAAAUGGUUGAUGUUCAGAGUGGAAAGGUGAUUGAGUUGAGAAAACAAGAGCUUGAGAAGCAUUCAUCAUUUAUUUUCUUCCAUGGGAAACGAUUAUUCUUGACAUUUCACAGUGGGAUGGUUUUUGUAUGGAAUUUGCAAGGAGAGGUGGUUGCAUCUUACAGAAACCACUUGCUACAAAUUUUUCCUGGUUGCAUGGUUCAGUUGACUCAUGACGAAGAGCUUUUCCUUUCUUAUAACAAAAUCCGUAAGUCUGAUAAAAGAGAGUGUUCAAUAAACAUUAUCAACACCUUGACUGGUAAUUGUUGCGCUAAGAUUGGUGGCAACGACUCAGAUGUAGGUAAAAGUUGCAGGAAUCGAUCUAAUCUAUCACUGAUGCAGAACACCGUUCAAGACGUACUUGAAAACACUACUGCAUUUUUCUAUGACGAAGAAAGAAAUGAAGUUUAUACAGGCAAUGAAAAUGGUUUUAUACAUAUCUGGUCAAACUGA